AUGGCUGACAUCAUCGAGAUGGUCGAGGUUACCGGAGAAGCCGGUAUGCUUGGUCGACCAGCGUUUAUCGAGCAACAUACAAGAGAAAUGAAGGUGGAGCUGAUGGAUGAGGAGGAGGAGCAGCGGAUUCCUGUCAUCAAUCUCGAAGACGACGACGAAGAAGUAGAUUUGGAUGCGUUGAUAGCUGAUUGGGAACGUCGGGAACGUCGGAAUCCUUUUUUCAACUUUGAAGUUGACCUAGAAGCCGUUGCUCAUGGAGCAGGAGGGUUAGCGGCUAUGUUGGCUCGUCGUGAUGAGGAAGUGAGGAUUGUCAGAGAAAUACGGUAUAUUCGAGCGGCUAAUCGUGGAAUCGUUGAGGAGCGGGAAGAUGAGGAAGCUGGUGGCGACGAUGACCAUGGAGGUGUCCCUGAACCACGACCACCAAUAGCCGCCAUCCGCCCGCCAGCUCUCAAUGACAACGUCUACGUGAACAUUCCACCACCCAUGGGUCUUCAAGAACUUCUUUUUGGUCCCCACGUCGAAGCUAACGAAGCUCCAAUUGAUGAAAUAGAAGAUGACGUGGAUUCUGGAGAAGAUUCUGGAGAUGACGGAAGCGACGUUGAUGAGGAGGAUGAGUCGAUGGUUGUACACGUGGAAUCGGAAAGCGAAAAGGAUUCUGAGGAUGACGACGAUGAGGAGGAAGAGGAGGAGGAUGAGGGUGAAGCCGGCAACGUUGGAGAUCGUGUAGAAGGAGGAGAUUAUAAGUACUUCUUUCCUCCAAGAUUACCGUCCUUCCAAUUUCCAGUGGCGGAUUUUAGAAAAGAAUCGGAAACCGAAAAGGAUUCUGAGGACGACGACGAUGAGGAGGAAGAUUCUGACGGUGAAGCCGGCAACGUUGGAGAUCGUGGAGAAGGAGGAGGAUAUGAGUACUUCAUUCCUCCAAGACUACCUUCCUUCCAAUUUCCAGUGGCGGUCUCUGGAGAAGAAUCGGACGUUGAUGAGGAGGAUGAAGCGAUGGAAGAAGAUUCGGACGCUGAAGUCGAUGUGGAUUCAGAAGCGGAAGCGGAAAGAGAUGACGAAGGAGAAAAUGUUGAGGAAUCUGGUGGCGACGAUGAUCGUGAAGCAGAAUCUGACCCUGAAAAUUCUAUGAUGAUUAUCGACGCUGAGGGUUAUUACGGUCACGACGAUUCUGACGCCGACGCUGAAUCCGUCAACGGUGGAGAAGGAGGAGAAUGUGAUGGGAAUAACGAAGAAAUGAGAAUCGACGACGAGAAUCGUAUAAGACUUCCGUCCUUCCGAUAUCCAAGGUUUGUUCUUCCGGAUUCUGAAGUAUUAGCGAACGGUGAAGACGCUGGUAACGAUGUUGAUGAUUCUGAUGUAUCUACGGUUGUACUCGCGGAAUCUGAAAGCGGAGAGGAUUCUGAGGAUGACGAUGUGAUGGUCAUUGACCAAGACGAUUCUGACAUCGAGAUUAUCGAAGCGGAAGACGACGAUGACAUCAUGAUCGUCGAUGAGAUCCCACCACGACCACGACCAGUACUCAAUAUACCCUACGGACGUGUUCAACAACAUCGUCCCCGUCCCCCGGUUAUCGAUUUGGAGGAUUUCGAGGAUGAGGAUGAAGAGGAGAUCGUGGUGAUCAGAGGAUAA